CGCGUUCAUAGCACGCAUCCCUCGCGACACACUUCUGAACGAACUGUACACGCAUGUCACUGGCACGCGCGUAGUAAUUAAAGUUAUAAAUCACCAGAUGACGACUAAAAUUUGUUUAUGGCUUUUAACCGCGUAAUUCGAAUUUGGAAAGGAAUAAUCUGGAGUGAUGUGUCCUUUACUUGAGUGAUAUUAUCCGUGUCCUUUCGAACUAAAAAUAUAAUUUGUUUAUUACAAAACAAGUUUCGGUUUAUUGUUCAUUAACUGCUGAUUUACAGGUUAAUUUCGGAUUUCCAUAACAUCGUGGCACGAUUUCGGAUUUUAUUAUGGUGUUCGGGAUAACGGGCGAAAGUGUGUCAAAAUGCUAACAACUUUUGGGCCCUGGGCCCAUAAACACGUGGAGAAAUGGUGACAUGCGAUAACGACAGCACGGCGUGUGGUGGGUUCCACCUGGGCGAUCGCGACGAUGAGCCGCGUCGCUCCCGCGCGCCUAGCGUCUCCUCACUCUCUCUCUACAAACAGAAGAUCGACGCGCUUUUCGACGACAGCCGGUCGGUUGUCAGUCUGCCGCAUUACGGGCCUCCUUUAAAUGCGCACGAGUUAGGGAGGAGAGAUAGUAAGAUCAGUUCAACACAUGAAAGCAAAGCGACGAUAUAUGAAGAUGAUGACGAUUACUGUCAGAAUAAAAUUAACAAGAUCAAUAACACAGUGCAAGAUCGUAUAGAGAGGAUGUUUGCAGAAAUGACGGGGGAGUCCAGGCAGUCCUCGGAAAAUAUUGGGGUCCAUGUGUUCAGUGUUCAUUAUCUUGGUUCGACCCCUCUACAAAGUAAAGUCACAAGUUUGUCGGGACUCCAAACCCCACUAAAAGAUUUGUACUUUGCGUAUAGAAGAAACUUCCGACAUAAAAGUACUUUAACAGGCCGAUUGGAAAUAUCUAAAAGCGGUUUAAAAGUACGAUACAAAGGAGAAAAGGGCGAUUUAGAACAAUUGAAUCCUUUUCCAACAAUAGCUGUUUGGUCCGCAGUAAAAUUUGUUGUUCAACCUUUAGAAACAGAUAGUCGCGAACUGAGUUACGCAUUCUUACCUCUAAUAACAGAUCCUGAUAAUAUUGACAGACCUGCCCUAUUUAAAACAUUAGAUUUACCUGACAAAAAGUACAUCCUCUCCCACAACGAAAAUUCGCAUUCACCACUUUUCGCUGUUGUGAUGAGGAAAAUCGGCGUCGCUAAGCAACUGGAGUGUCAUGGGUUUGUAUGUCAAACGACGGAAGACGCUAUUGUAAUAGCGGCUACCCUAUACAAGUCUCUGAUGUCACACAUGAGUCGACAGGGUCACAAUGAUAAAAAGAAAUUAAAGAAUCGAAAUGGAGUAAGUUGUAUGAGUGUAGCGAGUAGUCUACCUCCGGACGACAUUCCUCCUUGCAGGCCACCACGCAAAAAACGAAGUACGUCGUCACUAAGUGGAGAUAGCGACAGAGCAGAUGGAUUCUCUGCUAGUGAAUCUUUUAACGAGAAACCGAAACUAGAAAGGGUUAAAAAACUAUCAAUAGAUAUUUUGCCACAUCUUCCACCACCUCCGACUGUCCCUUUUAUAGAAUCGAAAAGAAUUACUGUGGAAGAAGUAAAAGCUAAAUUAGAUUCCAUAAAACAUAACGAUACAAGUGGCAGUGACACUCAAGGGUCCAAAAAGUCUGUAGAAAGACGUAAUGUAAAUCCCAGUAUUACUAAAAUUCAAAAUCUGCAUAAAUCUCAAAGUAGUAAUGAAUCUUCAGUCCGAAGUAAAAUUUCCGAAAAAAUUGAACUUUUUAGGGAAUUAGAAAGACGGAAAAAUAUUCAGAGACCACCAACUGUACCUCCACCUGUGCCUUCUAAGCCUCCAGUAGAAUCUCCACCGGAACUACCUAAAGAGCCGCUAAGAAGAAGCCAGAGUGGAAGAAAAUCACUCAACGAUUCUGGAGAUAUAUUAACCAAAGUAGCUAUACCACGAUCUGGUAGCUUUUUGAAUGCUGGAGGUCUAACCAGGUACAAGUCAAUUGGACAUAGGAAUAAUGGGAAAAAGGGAGGUGGGUCUCCGUUAGGGUUCAACGAGCUUUUCAGUGAAUUUAAAGUUCAGGAGAACUUACAUUCUAUGGACGAAAUCCUUAAUGCCAUAAUAGAUGCAGAAGGAAUGUCCUUCAACGAUUUAAAACCAAUUUAUAAAGAAUUUCUUUUAAAAUUAGCAGUGACACUAACAAAAGAUGAAAUAUUUCAGCAUAGUAAAGCUAUAAUGAAGAAGCAGAAGAAAAAGAUUUUACGAAGAAAUAGUCUAUUUCAAAAUAAAAGAAGAAAGAUGUUGAAAGGAGCUAGUGGUCUACGAAUGGUAUUUCGCAUGCCAUUUGGGAAAGACAUGAGAAGAAAAGAGAAGCAGCAGUCACCACUAGACUCAUUAGGUUAUGAAAUUGCUAAGCCUAAAGAACCUAUCUCGGAAAGUUCAGUGUCUACAUCCAGUUAUGACUUGAGGCAGUUUCGGCCGAAGGAAUCAGUUUUACCGUCAGCGAAGAGACAAGCAAUGAGACAACGUACCUCUAAGCGAACUGAUAAAAUGGUUCAUGUAUCAAAACGAAAUGGAAAGGUUUCGAGGCCUGGAGAAAGGACAUCCACAUCUGAAGAUUCUGAUUUCUUAACAUUAAGUAAUCGUCUAGGAUGCCAAAAUCGUAACAGUUCAAGCGGAUAUGUCUCAUGUUCCGAAUGUGAAUCGGAAAGUUGUGUAGAUCGCUGUUACUGUUCAUUAAAGGGUGAUUGUCAAGAGAAAUGCUAUUGCUCAGCCGCAGAUGAAAAAAGAGAAGCGUCAAAAUCUAAAAUAUUAAGUAAAAGUAAAAGCUGUAAAGAUUGUUUAAGGGAAGUGUACGACGCAGAUUACAGCUACUGCUCUUGCGAUUCUGAAAGUUGUGCUGAUAGUAACAAGUGCUACUGCGUAGGUCCGAGACGCACUAUAAUGCAAAGUUCACAAAGUCUAGAAUACCUGCGCAGUCCAUCGCAAAGAACCUACUCUGAUAGACUGAAACGUGCAUUCAAUGAGUACGAUGGCACCAACGGAAGCCGGAAUCGAUCUAGUGGUGGUAUGUCACGUGCGAGGCGCGACAGUCGUGACGGCAAAGAAGAACGCACCCGACGCGCGCGCAGCUCGGACAGCUUGGCUCUCGACUACGAGUUACUGCUGCAGAACAAAGCACGCGACACGCGCACUCGAAAUAUGCAACGGCUCACUGUGAGGAGUACAGGCGCCGGCUCUCACGACGCACUAAGCGUAAAGAAGUCUGCAGAAAUGGCAGCACUGUUCGCGGACGUUCGCCUCUCGCAGCGCACGGACGUCCGCUCGUUGGUGGCUGCUAGUUGUGGGGGGGCGGGCGGUGGCCGGAGGUCCCGAGCGCUCCCCCUGCCCCCCUCCCCGCCGCUCCCCACCCGGCCGCCCCCCCUGGCCAGGAUGUUCGACCACCGUCCGCUCAGCAGAAACGCCAGUCUCGAGGAUACCUUAGGUUAUCUACCAUAGCCUAACAGUGAACACAAUCACAUUCAAUAUUUUUUUAAACUUUAAAGCACACAAAGAUGUUGUAACUGGAGCGGGAAUACUACAAUUAUUUAAUAAAAAAAUACACAUACAUAUAAUAUGUAUAUUUAUGUGUAUUAUUAUACAAGAGGGCUCACAAAUAAGUCAAAAGUGAGGUAAAAAUUAUAAAAAUAGUAAGAAGUAUAUAAUAGUAAUAUAAGAAGCUGCCAGCAACAUAUAUAUUUCAUUUGUGCAGGCCAAUAUUCUGUAUGUGGUCUAGUAGUAACAAUUCUUAUCGCCUAGAAUUUUUUCUGAAUGGGUACAUACAGUUACAUAUACCUUAUUAUAUAGUUACAUUUUCCAUUAUAUUACAGAAUUGUCUAUACAAACAAUUUUAUUACUUAUGUUGUUAACCAGUGUAACACGGAUCAUUUUAUGGUAAAUAAUGUUUUAUUUUAUGGUAAAUCUUUGUGUGCUUUUUGUUCGUUGAUAUUGGAUUUAAAAGGAUUACAAGAACGAAGAAAAGGAGUGGAAAACACUAAUUUUUCUACAAGUCCUUAGAAAUCCAUACCGGCAUAUUCAAAAUGUUGCAGAAUGGUAUUCUCCACAGACAGAAAGUCGUCCAUUCGCAGGCUUUUAUAUAAAGGUAGCUAUUUUAGUGAUGUUUAAUUAUUUAUACAUUUUUAUCUAAAUAAUCAUGUAUAUUUGAAUCUGCAAUCUCAUAAUUUUAUUUCCUUUAUUUUAUUGUCCGUACAGAAUAAUAUUAAAAUUUAUAUUUUUUCCUACAGUAUUUGGAAUGACGACAAUAGUCUUAAUAACAAAUUAAGCAGAUUCAUCAAAUUAGAUUUCUUUAAAAGAAGAUGAAUCUUUUAACAAAACUAUUUCAUUAGUUUAUAUUUAGAACUUCACUUUGUAAUAUUUAUCAUACCAAAAUUAAACAACAUGACUAACAACCUACUUCUUAACAAGGAGAUUGAUCAAUAAACAAUAUAUCUACCAUUCGUAUAACUUCACAUACAUUAUAUUAAUUUCAUAGUAUGUGUCGUUGUAGACGUAUACCACCUUAUUCAUAUAAUAAGGAUUAUAAGUAUAUCGAUUGUUAGUAAAUAUAAAUAUGUAUGUAGUUAUUUAUUGACGAAAAUAACGUUUAUUACAUAUAAUGUGCAAUAUAUUGAGUCACAUAGUUACUUCUAGUUUAUUUUUCAUUGUUUUUUUUUGUACUUGGUGCGCAUUUAGUACUAUGAAACGGUGUUUUGUUUAAGAUAUGUAAUAUUGUUUUAUAAAUUACAUCAAUUUUCUAAAUUAUUAGUGGAAUUUGGUGUUUAUUAUAAGUGUGUAAAGUACUUUUAUAUUUGUAAUUAAUUACAGCAUUACCAAAAGUAUUUUAUUAAUUUCAAUGUAAAUAUAAUAAGCAUGAAUAUUCAUCUUAAUAUACCAUUGGAUUAGUCAAUGCACUGCACUGGCUGCGUAAUUUGGUUAUAAAAAAUCUAUGUAAAGUAAUACUAUUGAAUUUUUGUUUUAUUAUAUUCGUUAGCUAGUUGCUUAUUGUUACCUUAAUGUCCAGACAUAUGAAUCACAUAUGUACAUGCGCCUGACAAAAUGAAACAGCAAUGACUCAUUGAUGCGUUUUUAAAGUAGGUAAAGCGCCAAUAUCACCAGUUUUUUUAUGUGAUAUGUAUUUAUUUGUAACUAGUUAUAUAUUACCCGCCACUAUGUCUGCUUUAUUUUAAUACAAAGCACAGUACAUAUAUGCUAGUCCUUUCGGAUAUCUAAACUUCUUUCAUGAUGAUCUGUUUUCUGAAAGAAAAAAUAACAGACAGACAAACACAUAUACUUUCGCAUUUAUAAUAUUAGUAUGGAUUAUUAAUUUUAUAGUAAUGUGUUUUUAUGAGUACCUAUGUCAAUUUAAUGUUCAACAACAAAAAGAAUUCACUGUUAUUAUAAGAAGUAAGUAAGUAAACCGCACAAAUAGAAAAACAAGUUCCUAAUUGCAAAUAAUUAAUUGGAAUAGCCAAAAUAACAAUGAGUAUUAAUUUUUAAUAAUGAUUAAUACAAAUAUUUUCAAGAAAUAUCAAACAAAUGGUAUUAAGUAGGUCAAUACUAUUGAUCAACAUAAAUACCUAAUUCUUAUCUAUACAUAUAUACUUUCAUACGUUAAAGUGAAAUUGGUGCUUUGUUAAAAACAUCGUUUCAUAGUUACGUCUAUUGUCUUAGUUUAACAUUUAGUAAUAAGCCUA